UGGGUGCAAGAUGGCGCAAGCGUCGCUCCCCCUGCGCCCCCGGCGCUCCUAGGCAGGCAUGUGGCCCCAGCCCGCCGCCGCCCGGGCUCGGCCCCGGCCGGAGCCCCGGCCCCGGCCCCGGCGCCGGCCCCGCGGGACGUUGUGAGCCGCCAGAGGCCCCGGAGCCGCGCGUCGCCGAGCCGAGCGGACCGAGAGCCCCAUGGCUGCUCCGCGCGCCGCGCCCCCGCGCAGCCCGCCCGCGCCGCGCCGGCUCCGGCUCCUACUGCCGCUGCUGCUGCCGCUGCUGCUGCCCGCGCCGAGCGACGGUCUUGGCCACUCUGCUGAACUGGCAUUUGCUGUGGAACCAAGCGAUGAUGUUGCAGUCCCUGGGCAGCCUAUAGUGCUGGGCUGCAGAGUGGAGGGGACUCCUCCAGUGCGAAUCACCUGGAGGAAGAAUGGGGUGGAGCUGCUGGAGAGUACCCACUCCACCUUGCUGGCCAAUGGGUCCCUGAUGAUCCAUCACUUCCGGCUGGAUCGGGGAGGCAGCCCUUCAGACGAGGGUGACUAUGAGUGUGUGGCUCAGAACCGCUUUGGGCUAGUGGUCAGCCGGAAGGCUCGAAUCCAGGCUGCAACCAUGUCCGACUUCCACGUGCAUCCUCAGGCCACCGUGGGAGAGGAGGGCGGUGUGGCCCGCUUCCAGUGCCAAAUCCACGGGCUGCCCAAACCCCUAAUCACGUGGGAGAAGAACAGAGUCCCCAUUGACACGGACAAUGAGAGGUACACAUUGCUGCCCAAGGGGGUCCUGCAGAUCACAGGACUUCGGGCUGAGGACAGUGGUGUCUUCCAUUGCGUAGCCUCGAACAUUGCCAGUGUCCGAGUCAGCCACGGGGCCAGGCUCACCGUGUCAGGCUCAGGCUCCGGGGCCUACAAGGAGCCAAUGAUACUCGUGGGGCCUGAGAACCUCACCCUGACAGUGCACCAGACUGCGGUGCUGGAGUGUGUCGCCACGGGCAACCCGCGCCCCAUUGUGUCCUGGAGCCGCCUGGAUGGCCGCCCCAUUGGGGUGGAGGGCAUCCAGGUGCUGGGCACUGGCAAUCUUAUCAUCUCAGAUGUGACCGUCCAGCACUCCGGCGUCUAUGUCUGUGCAGCCAACAGGCCAGGCACCCGGGUGAGGAGAACAGCACAAGGCCGGCUGGUGGUGCAAGCCCCAGCUGAGUUUGUCCAGCACCCCCAGUCCAUCUCCAGGCCAGCUGGGACCACAGCCAUGUUCACCUGCCAAGCCCAGGGUGAGCCGCCCCCUCAUGUCACAUGGUUGAAGAAUGGACAGGUGCUGGGGCCAGGAGGCCACGUCAGGCUCAAGAAUAACAACAGCACCCUGACAAUUUCUGGAAUCGGCCCUGAGGAUGAGGCCAUCUACCAGUGUGUGGCUGAGAACAGUGCUGGCUCCUCACAGGCCAGCGCCAGGCUGACCGUGUUAUGGGCUGAGGGGCUGCCUGGCCCCCCCCUCAAUGUGCAGGCAGUCUCUCUGUCACCCACUGAGGUCCGUGUGUCCUGGAAUGAGCCCCUGGUCAACACCAAGGAGAUUAUCGGCUAUGUCCUGCACAUCAGGAAGGCUGCUGACCCUCCGGAGCUGGAGUACCAGGAGGCAGUCAGCAAGAACACCUUUCAGCACCUGGUGAGCGACCUUGAACCCUCCACUGCCUACAGCUUCUACAUCAAGGCCUAUACCCCAAGGGGGGCCAGCUCAGCCUCUGCCCCCGUGCUGGCCAGCACCCUGGGUGAAGCACCUGCCCCACCCCCGUUGUCCGUGCGGGUCCUGGGCGGCUCCUCCCUGCAGCUGCUGUGGGAGCCCUGGCCCCGGCUGGCCCAGCAUGAGGGAGGCUUCAAGCUGUUUUACCGUCCAGCAAGCAGGGCCUCCUUCACCGGCCCCGUCCUGCUGCCUGCAACAGCCUCCUCCUACAACCUCAGCCAACUCGGUGAGGCAGACACAGACCACGCGUGGGGAGCCGGGCAGGGGUGCGGUGCCUGGUGCCAGGAGGUGGGGCGCAGGGGUUCCGUGUGUUUCCCUGCUGCGACAGAGCUGCCUGUGGGGGCUGAGGUCACUCAGCACAGCACUACCUUUCCCUCAGACCCCACCACGGUGUACGAGGUGAAGCUGCUGGCCUACAACCAGCAUGGGGAGGGCAAUGCCACAGUCCGCUUCGUAUCUUUGAGAGGAGCAUCUGAGAGGACAGCCCUGAGCCCACCAUGUGACUGCCGGAAGGAGGAACCCACCAACCAAACGUCCACUACAGGCAUCGUCAUUGGCAUCCACAUCGGGGUCACCUGCAUCAUCUUCUGUGUCCUCUUCCUCCUGUUCGGUCAAAGGGGCAGGGUCCUCUUGUGUAAGGAUGUAGAAAACCAGCUCUCCCCUCCUCAGGGCCCCCGGAGCCCAAGGGAUCCUAGCAUCCUGGCACUGAAUGGGGCAGGACGGGGAGAGCGGGGCCGAGACAAGAAGCGCGUGGACAUGAAAGAACUGGAACAGCUGUUCCCCCCAGCUGGGGCAGCGGGGCAGCCGGACCCCAGACCCGUGCAGGAUCCUGGGGACCCUGCCCUGUGUGAGGAGACCCAGUUCUCCAUGCUGCCACUUGAGGGAUUCAGCCUUCUGGAGGAAAUGACAUCAGAAGCCAAGGCCCCCUUCGCAGGCCCCGCAGCUGCCCUGCCACCCCAGGACGGAGGCCCCGGGUUCCUCAGUGAAGGACAGGCUACUCGGGCCUCCACAGCACCAGCUGCCCAGCCAGCUCACUCAGGCCAGUAGCCAGUGUCUGGCAGGCUUUGGAGGGGGCAACCCCCCAUUCUCAGGUCAAAGGCAAGACUUCUCCUGUCAUGUGGGACUUGGAUGGGGGCUUCCCAGCAUUUCUGUCCUGACUGCCCCUCAGGUUGUCAAGACCUAAAGUAGCCUCAGCAGGGACCUCCCUCCCUAGAACCUGGAGGGGUUCCUUCAGGAGCCCCUCCCUUGGACUAAUGUCCCCCCUCACCUCUGCCUGGUACCCACAUGACUUGGAACUGAACUAAUGUUUUCCUUUAAAAAAAAAAAAAGAGAAAAGAGAGGGGAAGGUGAAUUAGACUCCAAAAGUACGCCCCUGCUGUGGCUGGGCCCCUGACACUGUCACCCUCCACUGACCUUGUUUUCUCAGGAUGGAUUUUUGCUGUUUGGCUCUCAGCACCUACCUCAGCCGGAAUGAAUGUUCUUGGGGGAGUUGGGCCUCAGCCCCCAUCCCCAAACAGAGCCCCAAAUGCACUCCUACCUCAAGCCCCUGUAGGGGCACCCCCCUCUCCCUUCCCAUAUUGUUGUCAAGAGUUAAAAAAAAAAAAAAAAAAGAAAAAAAAAAAGCACUUCCCCAUUUCCAGGUGUGAAAGAAAA